AUGUCUAGCAGAGUGUCUUUAAAACAAAAGCUGAUUGGUCAGUUAGAAGAUGCUGAUUCAAUUUUAAGGGACAUACUUUCUGCAGCCUCUAAAAAGAAGUCUGUUACACUGCUUCCUCUCAUAGAAUUACUGUUGGAAAAAGAUCAACAGCUUAAGGAAACUUACAAAGAAAUUGAAGUUUACAAUGAAAUACAGAAAAAGAUCGAUCUCCUUAAAGCUGAUUGUUCGAAAUCUGACAAGCAAAUACAGUCAUGUCAGCUUCAUUUAAAAAAGACUGAGUUUAUUUUGAGCACUGCUCUAUAUUAUUCCAGACAGAAGUUGGACUCAAUGACUACUGCUGUUAAAAAUCCGAUUGAUAUGGAAGAGCUCGUUAGAUUUUCUCACAGGAUAAGCGCUACUCACGGCGUAAUAGCUCCAGACAACUGGACACAAGGAGACCCUAGAAGACCAUACCCAAAUAAAGAAGAAAUCCGGCGUGGAUACUUGGGUCAUAUUGAUGAUGCUGGCAAUUUUCGCCAGUCUCUUUGGGAUGCUUUGUCGGAAACUGCUGCUGCCGCAGCUUCCAUCGUUGUUUCGUCUACCCCAUCAGCCUCCAGUAAUUCUUGUCCAAAUAGUUUAAGCAACGCGAAUAUAGGAACGUCUCAGACUCCUGUAUAUCACAGUAACCAAACGCAACCCACAAGUUUAUCUCUGGUCACUUGCUCUCCGAAUAUGAUUCUACCGGGAGUUAACAUGGUUUCCUCACCAAUGUCCUUUUCACAGUCUGGCGGCUCGUCUACGUGGACUGGACCAAAUAUGAACCUCAUCACAGGAAAUCCUACCAGUUCGGAAUUAGCUGGUUCUCAAACUUCAGCUUCUCGACCGCCUUCGACUUCACUAGCCGCUAUGCUCACUGGUACAAAUAUAAUGGAUCAGCAUUCUCGUAACACCACAUUGCCUCCACCCCCUCUUAAGCAAGGAAGCGGCCAAAUGCAAGCAAGUCAGGUCACGUCUUUCCGGCCAAGUGGUGUUCUGCCUCGACCACCUAAUUCUGGAAAUCGACAAGCAUUUCCUUCAUCUCCGAAUUCCUCUGGAUCGCAACAUAUGCAGUAUCCACACAGUGAUACACAUCCCAGUUUUAUGCCGAGCAGCAAAACAUCUCGACCACAUUCCAAACGUGCACAUCGGAAACAUACAGACACAGAAUGUACAGAGAUGUCAUCUAAUUCUUCUAGUGAUUCAUCCAGUGGUGAGGAAUGA